AUGUGGAAAGGGCCAUGGUAUGUACCCGAACUCAGAGCCUUGGAUCGCACCAACAACAGCCUCACGGGUAUGAUCCCUCCUCCUGUUGGAAAUGCCACAAAAAUGAUGAACUUCAGUUUGUCUGGGAAUAGAGUCAGUGGCAACAUUCCAAAGGAGAUCAGUAAUCUGAGCCAACUUGCAGACUUGUACUUGACUGAUAAUCAAUUAACAGGUUCCAUUCCAGCAGCACUGUUUAAUAUCUCGUCACUACUUUCCAUACAUCUGCGAUACAAUAGACUUUCUGGUCCUCUCUGGAUAGAUGAAGGGAAUAUUGUGUCAAAUCUGAAGUUUUUAAGUAUAUCUAACAACCAAAUUUCUGGUUCCAUUCUUUCCAACAUAUGCCAACUCACAGAGCUCAAAUGGUUGUCUUUAUCUUUCAACAACAUAACCGGAGACAUACCCAGAGAUAUUGAUUGUUUAUCUAAGCUUGAGGGGUUCUAUAUUGGCGAUAAUCCAAUAAAAGGGACUAUUCCCACUUCACUGGGAAAUAUUUCCACUCUGCAAUAUCUUUAUUGUGGAAACAAUCGCAUAGUGGGGCAAAUUCCUCCGGAAUUAGGGAAGCUAUCAAAUUUGAGGCAAUUAAGCUUUGACCAUAAUUUUAAUCUUAUUGGUCGAAUUCCAGAGGCUAUUUUCAACAUAUCUUCUUUCGAAAGGAUUGAUUUCAGUUUCAAUAACCUCUCGGGGAGAAUUCCAACCACUACAGGUCUUCAUCUUCCGAACCUUAAAGGACUUACCUUGGGAUUCAAUCAGCUCGAAGGAGAAAUUCCAUUGUUCAUAACAAAUGCUUCCAAACUUGAGAUACUGGAGCUAAAUAAUAACUCUCUGACAGGAACUAUUCCUACUAAUUUGGGAAAUCUUCAUGAGCUGCGAUAUCUGUUCCUACAUGAUAAUCAACUUACCAAUGAACCAAGAGAGCAUGAGUUGCGAUUCUUCAAUUCGUUGGCGGACUGUAGAAUGUUGCGAUAUCUACAAGUGGGUAACAAUCCGUUGAAUGUCACUCUGCCCAAUUCAAUUGGGAAUCUUUCAUCUACUAUUGAAAACUUUAAUAUAGUAGAUGCACACAUCAAUGGCCUCAUCCCCACAAGUAUAGGCAACGUGAGCGGUCUUACAGUCCUAAGCCUUGGAGGAAACAACUUGAUGGGCAAUAUUCCUCCUGAGAUUGGUAAGCUUAAACAACUCCAAGGUCUGUAUCUACAUUACUUUAAAUUGCACGUACAUAUUUCUGAGGCAGUAUGCAAUUUAUCUAAUUUGGUUCAAUUAUAUCUGGAACAUAAUGAGCUCAUUGGAGUGAUCCCAGAAUGUAUAGUGAAGGUCAAGAGGGGGUGA